CAUACCCUCUCUCUCUCUCUCUCUCUGCUUUUGUUCUGUGCAGUAGUGGCGACUCUUCAUUUUAAUGGUGUGUGAGCGGUGACAGAGAGCAUUGUACUGACUCUCAGACGCCCUCAAAACCCUGUUUUGAUUCCUUUUCCUUUCGUUUCACAAAAACCCCAUCGCCAAAACACUGAUAGAUAGUGUGUGUGCAUUGAAAAUCACCUUAAAAACCAGUGCUUUGGUUUUUGUGUUUUUGGGGUUGAUACUAGUACCCAUCGUUGUGGAAUCGUUUUCCUGACGUGGGUUUUCGGAUUCCGAAUCUGGGUUGCCAUAAAUAUGUGAUCUUUGUUUCUCUGUUUUUUUUGGGCCACGUAGUUGAUUGUUUUGUAUACUACUGUGUCACGUUGUUGUGUGUUUUGUGUUGUUGUUGUGGUGGUGUGUUGUGAUGUUGAGAAUAGCUGAGCAAGACCAGAGGGUUUUGAUGAACAUGAAGAAUGAUAACAACAACAACCCAAGAAUCCCUCCACCUUAUUGUGAUUCCAAUCUUUUUCAGCUUCUGCUUCAGUCUAACCAUCACCAUGUGAGUGGUUCACCUAUUAGCAGAGCUUCUCUGCAAUCUGAGUUUUCUCCUUCGAGUUCCUUCUCAAAUGGGUUUUAUUCCUCUGAGGAUAGCUCUCCUUAUUCUCCAACCCCAUUUGAGGAGGCAAAGUAUCAAACACCUCUUAAGCAUUACAUGAAUGGAGGAGGGUUGUGGUUGGACUCCAAGCCAGCACCACCACACCAUGAGUCUCAUUAUAAUGAGAUUUUGGGGGAUGAUCUGGGGUUGGCUGAGAGUUUUUACAGGAUGAAUAUGGGGGAUGGACAUGAGGGUGGUGCUAAAAGGAGGGGGUUUGAGAGAGACCCAGAUGGGUUUGGGCUUGGUGGUGGUUUCUUAGGGGGUAAUAUUCCUUGGAAUGUUGAGAACUAUGGCUUGUUUGAAACUUCUAGGAACAAUAUGUCUGAUGUUGAAGCUUUUCGGUCCUCUCAUUUUGGUGUUAGAGGUGGUUUUAAUGGUUAUGUGGAGCCUGAGUUUCUUGGGUUGGGGCCAGAAUAUGUUGUUGGUGAUUCAAUGGGGGCUGUUCUAAAUCAUAUGCAGCAGCCUAGUGCUUUGUGUUGUGGUCCUAGUGGUGCUAAGAACCAAAUGGGUUACAUGGUAGAGCAAAGAAAGGAACUGAGAGAUGAUUGGUAUUACAGAAAUGUUCUAGAGAACCCAUAUGUUGCCAGGCCUUACCUUGAUGAUGAAUUUGUUUAUUCACAGCUAUGUGGAACAGAUUCUAGUGCCGGAAAGGGUCUUAUGUAUCCGAUGAGCUCUCCUCAGUUCCCCUCAGUUGCUCAGCUGUGUGUGGACAAUGGUGCACAUAAUCAUCCAGUGAUAAAACAAAGGACUAGAGGAAAUCCGACUAGGAAAUGUGCAGGGCACUUAGAGGGUUUUAGAGGUGAGGAUAGUCUUGCUGUACAAGGAAAACAUCUGAACCAUGGUGUCACUAAGGGUAGCAAGUCUGCAAAGGCUAACAAGAAGAACUCUUGCACUAAGAUGCCAAUCAGGACAGAAGGAGAGAAAAGCUCUAGACUAGAUUUGGAUUCAUAUAAUGGAGGAAGUAGUGGAAAUGACUGUAGUCAGAGCAGUAAUGACUCAAUGAAGUCACUGCUUACUUUGGGUUCAUUGACUGAGGUCCAGGGAUACAUAUACUUCCUAGCAAAGGAUCAGCAUGGUUGCCGGUUCUUACAGAGAAUGCUCGAUGAGGGAACCCUUCAAGAUGUGCAACUAAUAUUUGAUAGGAUAAUCAAUCAUGUUCUUGAACUUAUGACAGACCCGUUUGGCAAUUACCUAAUGCAGAAGUUCUUGGACAUGUGUAAUGAACAGCAAAGAAUGCAAUUUGUACUUAAGGUGACCAAAGAACCGGGACAGCUUGUGAGAGUUUCCUUGGACACACAUGGCACUCGUGUGGUGCAGAAGUUGAUCGAGACUGUGGAAAAUGGGAAACAGGUCUCUUUGAUCAUAUCAUCCCUUGAAUGUGGUUUUCUUGAUCUUAUUAAGGAUCCAAAUGGCAAUCAUGUGGUACAGCGUUGCUUGGACUGCUUCAGCACUGAAGAGAACAGGUUUAUAUUUGAUGCUGCUGCAAGAUUCUGUGUUGAGAUUGCAACUCAGCGUCAUGGAUGCUGUGUGCUACAAAAAUGCAUUGCACAUGCCAGUGGGAGACAUCGAGAUAAGCUGGUCACUGAAGUUUCCAGGAAUGGGCUUCUCCUUUCCCAAGAUCCGUAUGGAAACUAUGUAGUUCAGUAUGUCAUAGAGCUGAAGAUCCCAUCUGUCAUGGCCCGAUUGAUCUCUCAGUUGAAGGGGCACUUUGUACUCCUCUCCAUGCAGAAAUGCAGUAGUCAUGUUGUUGAAAAAUGCCUCAAGCACUAUGAAGAGAGCCGAGCAAAAGUCAUCCAGGAAUUGCUCUCAGUUUCUCACUUUGAACAGCUGUUGCAAGACCCUUAUGCUAACUAUGUCAUUCAAUCUGCUCUUUCAGUUACCAAGGGCCCUCUUCACGCUGCACUGGUUGAAGCUGUCAAGCCUCAUACAAUCUUGCGCCACAGCCCAUACUGCAAGAGGAUUUUCACAAAGGACCUCCUGAAGAAGUGAUGUGUUUUAGCGAAAGAAGUGUUGUUGUUCUCUAUGUUUAUUACUAAUAACUCCUCUGUCUUCGGCUCUUUAGCUAAGAUAUGAGAUAUGUUGGUUUACAUGUCUUAUUAUCACCAGGUGAAGGGUGCAAUUUUUGGCUUUCUGGAAGGCAUUAAGAAGUCUGAAGCAGUUAAAACAGAGUUUUGCUUCCAGUUACUUAUGAUGUAAUACAUCAUUCUGUUGUUUUGUGUCUUAAUCUUGAUCACAACUUUUGAUGUAUGAUAUUCCACUAUUAGAAUUGUGGAUAUCUGAGUAGAUGUUGUAUAAAUGUGAUGCCUGGAUUUGUUUUGUUGAAGUUGAGAUAGUUUAUAUAUAGGCAUCAGCUCUUAUGUGUUAUUA